UGGUAACUUGAGAUAAAGUCAUCAAAACAAACAGUCAAGAUCAAUUUUGUUUAAAACAUCGGCUGAAAACUAAGUUUAAGUAAAAAAAAAAAAAAUACUAAAAUAAAAAAAUGAGUCGAAGCUUUAGAGAUUCUUCCAAAUAUUUAUCAAGAGAUGAUCAAACAGAUCAACCUGGUAAUGAAAGCGAUACCUCUCGUCAUAAAAAGUACGGUUUACAAUGGUUCUAUAAAGCAAAAAGAAAAAAUCUAAAUAACGAAGACGAAGACGAAAAUGGAAAACCUAUUGUACGUCGAAUCGUGCGAAACUUUGAUCAGAAAAAAUUGCUCGAGUUAAUAAACUCAAAGACAGUUGACAUUAAUGAAACCAGUCCAAAAGGAAUAACUGCUUUACAUGAAGCAGCCAUUGAUGGAAACUUAGCUUGUAUGCAAAUACUAGUUGAAAAUGGAGCUGAUAUUUCAAAAGCUGAUAACGAAGGUUACACUAGUCUAGAUUAUGCUGUUCUUGGCGGCCAUUUCGACUGCGCAGCUUUUUUGAUAAGUAAAGGCAGUAAUACUGACCAUAUAAAAAACGGAAACCCUUAUUUUCGUCCAACUUCGUCUCAUCGUUAACUGCUUUAGGAUUUUUUACGCAUGUUUACUGCCAUUUUCGAAAACUUGUGCAGAUUUAUUCUGAUUUUUAACACUUCCAAUGAAAGUAUAUAAAAAAGUUACAUUUAAAAUUUUCGGUAACAUAGUUUUCACUACUUAUGAACUGAUUGUACCUGCUUGUAUCUGGCUAUACCUGCUUGUGUCUGGCUAUACCUGGUUGCAACUGACUAUUUUAUAUAUAUUUUUUAAACUUUAAAUUUUUAUUAAGUUGAUGUAUUUAUUUUAUAAUAAAAAGUCUUCAAUAAAAGAUCUGGUUGAGUUAUAUAUUUUAUUGUUGUAAAUAAUUUAAAUAUAUAGUAUUUUUUUUGUA